AUGAAGGUAUUGUGUAAGAGAGAUUUUACUCCCUUCUACAAGGAACAUGGAUCAUGGGGUAAUCAUCAUCAUGGAGAACAAGCAGAAGGAACCAAAGAACAACCCAACGAAUACCAAAUCGGAAAUGUGUAUAAUCAGCCUUCCGAACGAGUAGAAUUAAAAGACUUUCUCAGUAAUACCAUUAAAAAGGGUGAACCUGUGGAUCAGGAUUUAAUCCGAUCUCAAUACAGUGUAUUACAUACUCCCAAUGGCAUUUGUACUUUAAAGAAUUUACGAGUGAGGCCUCAUCCAGUGGUUGCGUGUUAUUGUACGGCCUACAGCGAACAUUAUCCACUGAUUGUCAGUCCUGACCAUAUAUGGAUGAUGAUUACACAAGGAUUGGUCAAACAUUUGGCAGUACGACCAGAAUUACUGAGAUCAUCCGAAAAUGAUCAAAAGCCAGUGAAAAAGAUGGAUAUUGCUGUUCAAAUGCCUAAAUAUAUUACUGAUCCAACAAGCAUGGAAAUUAAUUGGGAAGGAGUAGUUGACGAGAUUCAACAAGCAAUUAUUAAUGAUGUGUCUCAAAAUGCUGAUGCAAAGAAACAACAGUUAUUGGACUUUUUGGAUCACAAUUUCUCAACUUCGACUCGAGUUGAAAAAGUUGCUUCCAAAAUCUUAAUGAUGGAAGCUUUUAAAGAUUACUACACAUACCAGAAUGAUUUCUUGUGUGGAUUGCCGAGUGUGACUAUUUUGGGUACUAUGGAGGAUUGGAUAGGUAUGAGAGAAAAGAUUCAAGUACUUGAUGAAUACGACAUGAAAUGGUGGCGAAAAGUCUUGACACUCAUAAUUGACAAGAUUAUCAAAACAGCUCAAGAAGAAACAUUGACUGAAGAAUUGAAAUUAUUUUGGAAUGGUAUUGCUGUUUUUGAUUCAGGUAGUGGUGUUGAUUACAUCUCGGGUUGGAUCAAUUACUUUUUCCCGUACGAUAAGGACAACAGAAUUUCUCCUCACUUUUCUCAAUUCAUUGAAAUGGAUGCAAAAUUUGACGAGAAUGUACCGUAUGUUGAAAAUUUUGAGCCUUGUGACUUGUAUGAGGUCUGUGAUGAGGAAAAUGAAAUCAAGACAGCCAAAAUGGUUAAACAACUGAACUGGCGACAAGCAUUUGAACAGAGUUGGUUUCCAAGCCCUUUAACCACCACUCCAGUUCAAGUGGUGAAUCAUGAAUGCUCAAAGUAUGGACAUUUUGUCGAUCCUAUUUGUGCCGAAACGAUUUUGGAAUGUUGUAGUGCAGACGAUUUAACUGAAAUGUUAUCCAAAUAUGUGACGAACAAGUGUAAUUGGGAAAUUUCAGAACACAUCACCAAAAAGUGUGAAAAAGCCAAGAUUGACCUUUCUAAACAUAAUUCGACAAUCAUUGAGCUAAGCCAUAGUAAUACGAUGACAAUAACUAGAGAAGAAUUUGAAGAAGCUUGUGCUCCAAUUCUUGAGCAAUUUGAGGCUUCAUUGAAAAAUUACAUUUUACAGUCCUUGGAGCCUCCCAAAACAAAAGAAUACCGGCGAGUUCCAAACAUUGAAUUUGCCGUCUUUACAGGAGGUACUUGUAAUAUACCAAAAGUCCAGAAUAUUAUCCGUAAGGUGGUUGUUGAAAUUGUGCCUAAUGUAACAUUUGUUUCACAUACGAUGGAACUUUCUCAUGUACCAUCAGCAGCUGGCUCUCAUUAUUUUAGGUAUAACCACUAUGAAUCACUUCAAUACAGAGAGAAAAUUAAACAGAUGGGAUAUGAAGAUACAACAUUUUACUAA